CUUCAAUAGCUAUUCACUGGAUUCGAGGCGGAGAGGAGCAGCAGCGGCCAGCCGAGCAGACGAUACACGCUGGGUUUUCGGGAAGCAAAAACGGUGGGAUUAAUCGUGCAGCCGGUCGCCCCAAGGGCUGCAGGAGCUGGCACGGUCGAGAAGCCGACGUAGGCGCAGAUGCAGUUCUGGGGAAAGAAGAACCCUCGCCUACGACAAGGAAGGGACGCCGGGCAGAGACAGGAGCCUCGGCCAUGAUGACCAUCGGCGUCGAACAGGAUUGCUGUUGUUUGUUGAAGGCGAGGAGGAAAUCGGCAUUUGGCUGCUGCCAGCACUUCAUGCGACUCCUAUGGCAUUGCAGAUUGGAUGCUGCACUGCUUUGCUUUCUGCAGCCUUUCGGGUCAAAACCAAAGGCCGUGGGCUUUGCCUAAUUUGCUCGGGUCUUUUGUGUCCCAGCUCACAGUCGGCUAAGCCCUUCUGGGCUGAAUCGAGCUAUUGUUUUGGGACCCCAGAGCUUCCACGCUGCAGAUCUCCUCUCCUCCCCGCUUUUCUGUCUCCCUCCUCCUCCUUCUCCUUCUCCUCCGCCACCACUACCACCACCACCUUAGAAGCCACAUACGGUAAUUUGCCUGUCCUCCACAUGACUCUUGGAAGCUAUAAGCCGGGCUUGAGUGCCAAUGAAGUGUAAUGCAUUGUGGGACGUGUGUAAAAUUGGAUCUUUCAAGCGGGGGAAAAGGAACGGACCUGCAGCUUGCUUGAUGGACGAGGUAGUGGCAAAAUGUUGCUUGCGGAGCCGUGCCUGGAAAGAGACUGAUGUGAAGCGGAGUGCAGUGAGCAAGCCGUGAGGCCUGGCUCAUGCCGCCGCCGCUGCUGUUGCUGCUGGUGCUGCUCGUGGUGGAUUAGACUGCAGGUAGCCUCAAAAUGAAGAAGACCCGAAGUACAACCUUGCGGCGAGCCUGGCCUAGCUCUGAUUUCUCUGACCGGGCCUCUGAUCGCAUGAGGUCCCGCAGUGAAAAGGACUACCGCCUCCACAAACAUUUCCCACCAGCUUUCCUUUCCCAGGCAUCACGGGGCUACAUGACAUCAGGUGAUGUAUCACCCAUCAGUAUGUCUCCCAUCAGUCAAUCACAGUUUAUCCCACUUGGGGAAAUCCUUUGCUUGGCCAUCUCUGCAAUGAACUCAGCACGAAAACAAGUCACGCAAGAAGCACUAAUGGAACACCUAACAACCUGCUUCCCAGGUGUUCCGACUCCAAGUCCAGAAAUCCUUCGUCAUACCUUAAACAUGCUUGUACGAGAGAGAAAAAUCUACCCAACUCCAGAUGGCUAUUUCAUUGUGACCCCCCAGACUUAUUUUAUAACACCAUCCCUUAUAAGAACUAACAGUAAAUGGUACCAUCUGGAUGAGAGGAUACCUGACAGGUCUCAGUGUACCUCUCCACAGCAAGGAACUAUAACUCCAUCCACCUCAGGCUGCGUCAGAGACCGAACAUUACCCAAAAACCACUGCGACUCUUGCCAUUGUUGCAGAGAAGACAUGCACAGCAUGCAUGCCUCCACGCUACAGAGGAAAUCGGCAAAAGACUGCAAGGACUCCUACUGCCCCCCUUCUAUGUGCCAGGUACCACCCACUGAAAAAAGUAAAAGUACUGUAAAUUUUUCUUACAAAACAGAGACACUUACAAAGCCUAAAGAUGGAGAGAAGCAGUCUAAAAAAUUUGGGCUAAAAUUGUUUCGACUGAGUUUCAAAAAGGAUAAGACAAAACAGCUGGCCAAUUUUUCUGCUCAGUUUCCUCCCGAGGAAUGGCCUUUGAGGGAUGAAGACACCCCUACCACUAUACCUAGGGAGGUAGAAAUGGAGAUUAUUAGGCGUAUAAACCCAGAUUUGACUGUGGAAAAUGUUAUGAGGCACACUGCACUAAUGAAGAAACUUGAAGAAGAAAAAGCUCAAAGAAGCAAGGCUGGUUCUUCAGCUCACCAUAGCGGGAGAAGCAAAAAGAGUAGAAGUCAUAGGAAGUCCCAUGGAAAAUCUCGAUCACACAGCAAAACUCGGGUUUCUAAAGGAGAUCCUUCAGAGGGUUCCCAUUUGGAUGUACCAGGUGAAAGAGACUAUGAUUUCUAUGAUCCCCUCACCAGGUCACCACGGGAAGGUUGCUUCAUAAUAGAACACAAAAGGGACAACUUUAUCAUGCACAGCAGCCCUAACGUUCUUGAAUCUCACUUUCCUAUGACACCUGAAUGGGAUGUAUCUGGUGAACUAGCCAAACGAAGAACUGAGAUGCCUUUUCCUGAACCUUCAAGGGGAAGCUCCCAUUCUAAGGUCCAUCGAAGCCACAGCCAUACACAGGACCGAAGAUCAAGAAAUGAAAGGUCUAAUAAAGCCAAGGAACGGUCUCGAUCAAUGGAUAACUCGAAAGGACCUCUGGGUGGUGCUUCUUUGGGUACAUCUGAAGACAUAGCUGAAGCUUGCAGCCAAGAUGAUCAAACUACUAGCCAAACAUACAUUGAUGAUAGCACCUUAAGGCCUUCACAAUCACUCAGUCAUCAAAGGGCUCUGAUGUCUUCUACAAACUACAGAGAGAUAGUUAAACCUGAAAAGACUAGUGGCAAUGCAGAAACUCCCACUUCCUGUAGUCUAUUGGAACAAAGCAAGCCAGCAGAUAAUUUACCACCCUAUAAUGAGCUCAACUCCUGUACAACAAAAUCAGCCACUGAUGAUUAUUUUCAGUGUAACACUUCUAGCGAGACUGUUCUUACUGCUCCUUCACCUUUGGGGAAAAAUAAAGAUGACCAUGACACAGUGAUUUUGACAGACAGUAUUAAAAAAGUAUCUCCUGCAGAAAGACAGUCACAGCACAUAGUAAGAGAACCUGGAGUACAUAAAGAGGAGUCGCCUAAAGGGCCAGGCAACAGUAGUGGACCAAUUGCUACUAGCCAAGCUCCUGAAGUGAUUGCAAAUGGCCGACUGGUUCAACAUCACAACAUGGACUCUAGUAGUCUUGAUAAGAGGAAAGAAAUAUUUAGCAAAGAUACACUCUUUAAGCCUCUGCAUAGUACUCUGUCUGUGAACAGUUUUCACAAGCCCAGUGUGCCACUACUAAAGCCUCAUCAAAAGACACCUUCUGAUACAUUACCAAGCAGAUGUGACAAACUCGAACAAGUUAUGGUAACAUCAGUCACACAAGUCAUGCCUGUUUCACAGAGGCAACAAGAGACAGCUGGAAACCAAGAAGCCUCCUUUGAUUACUACAAUGUAUCUGAUGAUGAUGAUUCUGAGGAUGGGGCAAAUAAGAAUGCUGAAGAAGAGAAGAACCGGGAUGAUGUAGGCACUAUGCAGUGGCUUCUUGAGCGGGAAAAAGAGAGAGAUCUGCAAAGGAAGUUUGAGAAGAAUCUCACACUCCUUACUCCAAAGGAAACGGAAAACAGCAACAACCAGAGAGCCACCCAUUCAGCGAGACUAGACAGUAUGGACAGCAGCAGCAUCACAGUUGACAGUGGGUUUAACUCUCCACGUACGCGUGAGAGCUUAGCUUCUAACACUUCAAGUAUUGUUGAAAGCAACAGACGUCAGAACCCAGCUCUCAGUCCUGCACAUGGCGGUGCAGGUCCGAUGUUCAGCUUCCGAGCAACUUCAGACCCUCCAACAAGUGAAACUGAAAAACUGCAGAAACCUGCUAAUUGCCUGCAAGCUUCUGUUACAAGUGUUUGAUAGUGCUUCUGCCUCAGAUCUUCUGUCUCAUCCUAUACAAUCAAGUUUACGACACUGGGACUGAUGUUUACGUCUUUGGGAGGGGGGAAAACAAGGCAUCUCAACUGCACAGUUUUUCUGUCUACAUAACUGUGCUGCUAUGUAGGCUAGGGGCAACAAAGAAAUCUUAUUUUGAGGUAUUGCUUUUCACAUUUGCGGCUCUGUAGCAACAGAAUAGCAGUAGAGAUAAUAUGUACACUUUUGCUUCACUUAAUCGUAACUGAGCACAUAUAUGAAAGUCUAGACACUGUAAGUGUAAUCUGCAUUUUCAAUGUCAUGCAGUUGCCAACUUCAUUUAAAAAUGCCACAGAUAUGUGAUGCCCCCUACCACUGGUUAAACUGCCAUAGAGUUGAUGCUUUUCCUUUAUAAACUGAGCCUUCUUUGAAAGUAAACAACCAAGGGUCACCUUGAGGGAAAACAAUGCCAAUCGAGACUAGGAAAGACCUUGGCUCUACCUGUGAAUUAUUUAUACAUCUGUCAUUUUCACUGUGAGUUUUCAUGACAUGAUCUUGCAAGAAUCCAUAGCAAAAGUAAGUCAGAAGAGGUCAUGUUUUAAAGAUGUGGGAAGAGGUGGGAAAUAAUAAAGAUGUAAUCUAUUUUUGCUUUGUUUGAUUUCUUUAAAAAGUAGGAAAUGCUUACUUAAAACUUACUUUUUAAUUUCCCCUGGUUCCAAGCAGGGAUAUAUAUAUAAGACUUUGAAUUGAAAGUGAAGAAGGAGAAAACCUAAUUUUGAUUGAGGCACAUCACUAAGUGAUAGAAGAGGUAACAAAAUGGUUCUUGUUUUUGUUUUUUAAAGUAUAAAUCAAAUUAAGUGGUCACUUUAGUGUGUCACUCCAGUUGUUACCCCAAACUUAUAUUAAAUAUCAAAAUAAUUUGUUUGAACAAAAAAGAAGAAAGCUCUUUGUGAUACAAAUGAUGAGUAAUGGCCUGAAGAGUUGAUUUCUUUCUAUGGAAGGACAUAUUAUAUUUCUAUUUUAUGUAGCUUUUAGAGUGCCUAAAUUAGGCGAUUGAAACUAGCAAACACUGUAGAGAACAGAUUUAGAGACUAAUAAACUUCAGGCCUGUUGUUGAAUUACAUUUUUGUGAGUGAACAUUGUAUGGAAAUACUUAGUUAAAAAAAAAUCAUAUGAGUUGAAAUCUAAUGUGUCCAGAAGAAUAGCUGGUGAAGAGAGAAGUUACUUUUCUGGUUUGAGAGAAUGAGAGAUGAUAAAGUAGAUGUACUAAAAAGCUUGCUAAGUUUUUCAUCAACAAAGGUUAGUUAAAAAGACAUUGCUUUACCUCUUUUGUGUGUCUCACAAAGGUGAUAGCAGAAAUUCUGUAUCCACAGGUUUAUUAUAUCUAAUGUGUAUGUCCUAAAAUUGCUAAUCCAAAGUAAUUUAUUUAAAAAAACUAUUCUAGAUUAAUUUUUAGAGAGAUUCACAAUUUCAAGAGUAAACUUGAAAAGCAUAAAAGGCCAGAUUCUGCUCUCAGUUAUUUAUGCAACGCCAUGCUGCAGUAUUGUUUUUAAACAAUCAUAAUGGAAAGACAAGUGGAAGACUAAAAUCCAAUAAGAAAGAUCAGAAGAGGUGUAAAUUGUUACAUGCACUGACAUUUACACUAUCUGUCUUUUGUUGCUACCCAGGUGAUAUAACCAAGCUUACCAUUAAAGAAAGUAUUUUCAUCAGGUACUGGUAACAAUUUGUAUAGCCUAUUCAAGCUUCACUUGUGUUUUGUGAUGUCUACUGAAGGUGCAUUCCUGUCUUAAACAGUUCUUAAACACCUUUCAGGUGUUUAUGAAAUCGCUUUAUAAACACUGGGCACAAUUGGUUCAGUUCACACUGGGGUAGAUCAUUCACUCGCAAAUCUGGGAGCUCUGGUGCAUACACAGGCGCUGAGAUGUGCAUAUUGGAAUUCUAUACAAGCAGGGCCUGCCCCCUUCCCAUCAGUGUUGGGAAGUGCUCUAUACAUGUAAUCUCAUUUUGCACGCUGAGCCUUCAGAGUCCUGUGGAGCUUUGAGUUGCAGCCCUUAUGUCCUAAAACAACCAGUAAAGUACCAGGUCUAGAUGCUUUCUUUAUUAUCAUGUAUAAAUUCUAUUUGCUACAAGCAAAUAGAUGGCUCAGUGCAUGUAAUGGAGGUUAUUAUGCUGCUUGGUUGGUUAGUCACUGGCCUCCUGCCUUAUAAAUACCUUCAAAGCUAUGUUGUAAUAACCCAGAAAUGCAUUGCCUGACAAAUCUUAUUGCUUACAUAUGUAACUCUGGGAAUAUUUAAUACAUGCAGACUCCAGAGUCAUUAGAUUUUUUUAGCAGAAAAUUGCUAUAACACUAUUCAGUAGCUGACUAUAUGAUUCGGUUUGUUUCAGGUGUGCUCUGAUAUUUAUAGUAUGUAUCAGUUCACUAAAUAAAACUGUUGAAUAUCUUAAUUUAUAGCUGAAAGCAAAAAAUUAAAAUGCAGUAUUAAAAUGUGAAUAAGGAAGAUAUUGCCACAUAUAGGGAAUACUCUUCUUUUAGUUAACAUUAUUGAAAUUGAUCCAUGUAGCAGUUAUACAAAAGACAUCAUUCCAAUGUUAUACAAUAAAUUCUCCCUGGGCGAUAUUUGAAAGUUCCCAAAGACAAGCUUUAAAAGGCUCCUGUUAAUGUUGGCAUGACUUUCAGCCAAGAAUAUGUUUAUGGCAUUUUAUUAGCAUUAAUGUGACUCUUGGAACAUGAACUAUAAAAAGAAGUUACAAAAAGAAACAUUCUUACUGUGCAUUCUUUAAAAUAAAAAAGAAAUAUAAGGAAAGCCCAUCUUGCGAGUAUAUACCCACAGCAGUGGAGCUUGAGUGUUUUUGUCACUGUUGUCCUGUGAUGAAAUCAUGAUGACCUUUUUACUACAUGGUUGAUCAUCUGUCAUCCUCCUAAUGUAUCAACUGAAAGAUUUAAAGAACCAGAAUGCGUUGAAUUUCUAUGUUGUGUUCAACUUUAAGGGUCAACACAAAUCUGUCGGCAUUUUGCACACUUGAUAUGUAUUAUUAUGAUACAUGUUACUUUUAUGGUAAUUUUUUUUUACACAUAUAACUACCUCCAUGAAUUUGAUGAAAUGCAGCAACGUGUUUUUUAAAAGGGUAUUGUUCAGAGCAAUGCUAAAAACUUGAUGAAGAAAAGGCCAUGACGUUCUCUUGUGUGUCGGUGCUCGCGUAUGAAGUCAUUUUUCAUUGCCAUGAUUUCUUGUUACUGUAUUCAUUUGGAUUUCGGCUUUAGUAGAAUGAGAUUUAUCCAAUGGUCAUAGAAUCCUUUAGGCAAACAAAGUCGGGGGAGGAGGGGGGAAUUAUGGAAUUAUCCUUUGUCUUUCCAUUUCUGCUGAAGUUUCUACCUGAUAGAAAGUCAAGUGUUGGUUGUAAUUUAGAAGCCUGUUAAUAUAUACAGUAUAUGGAAUAUGAUUGGCAGUUUGGGGCUUAGCAGAAGACACACCAGGUAUUUUACUGCCUUCAUUUGAACAUUUGGGCUCUAUUCUGCCUUCAUUUAUGGCAACAUAUCAUGCCAGAGCUAUUAUUUGCAUCCAAAUCAACCACUGGUGGGAUGCACUCUCCAUUUCCUCAUCCUUCUGCAUCUUGAAUACUAUAAACCCAAGCUUUUUCACAGUGAAAUAAAUAGUCUGAGAUACUGACAUCAGUAGUAGCAGUAACAGAACCAUCAAAAUAAUAUGUAGUAGUAUUUUUUCUUCUUCAGACAUUUUAAUUAAAAGAGAGAAGCAGUUAAGCUGAUUACAGAAGCAUCCUUUUUUUAAAAAGUGAAAAAAUUAAGUGAUGUGUGGCAGCUAUCCUUCAAUAAGUAUAACUUUUAUAGAUGUGCUAGAUAUAUGUUUAGGGUUUAAUUCAGACCAAAUCAUGCUAUUGCCACUUGUAUAAAAAUAAUAAUAUUGAAGGGACCAGUUUGUUAAAACCUUUUAAACAAUGAACAUAAUACUGUGCCCAUUAUAUUCAGGGCUAUGAAUGUUCUGUGCCUGAAAAAUCCAUAUUUUGCACCAAGAAGAGGUGAAUAAAAUUUAUCCUGCUUCUGAAAACUUUGAGAGAGGCAGGAGACAAGGAUCAGCACAGGCCUGACACCUCAUCACCAUGGCUGACCACUGGGAGUCCCAGGCAGAGUCAUUCUAAAAUGUUGAGAUUUCACCUUGUACAUUUCCCAGCUUCUCUUGACUCCAUCUGGAAAAACACGAAAGCAGAGAUUUACAGGAUGUUGAAUCCCAUUCCAGAUCUAUAUUCCACACUUAUGUGGUACGGUCAUAACACACUGAUUAUGUACAGUGUGUUUAUGAUUAUAGUAGCUGCAUGGUUAAAAAACAUUCUAGCCCUCAGUAAAUCACCAGCAAUAGCUGUUUCUCAGAGGAAGUAGCAGCUACUUUUACUUUUUGGCAAAAUGGAUAAUUUUUAGUAUAAAGAACAGUUCAUGAAGUAGUGGUAAUAUGUUGCACUGAUCUUGUGCCUUUUACCUGAGGAUCUCAAGUACUUCACAAAUGCAAUGACUAGCAGAAAUAAACUCAAUUGAAAUAAAUGGGACUUGCAUCCAAGUAAGUGUUCUUAGGGAUGGGAAUAUUUGGUGCCACAAACUUGUCCACUACCUGUCCUUUGAUGCAUGCUUAUUGUGCUUCAGUGCCCUUUGUCUGCCUACUCACAAUAAGCAGUGGCGGUUAUCUGGCUUGCUUAUGCCAGCAAUGAAUAUUAGUUUAAUAUUUAAAAGAAAUUUAGUGUUACCACUAGAAAGUUGGUCUAUUAAAAAGAACAAGGCAAACUGUUUUUGAGCCUUGCACUGGCUCUUUCUAGAGUGCCAAAAAUGUUAUGUUUUCAGCAGCAUAACCACUGCCGCAGGUGGAGAAGAACUGAAAGUAAUUCAAGCAAAUGUGUGUUUUUUUUUAAAAAAAUACACAGGGCUAUUACUAAUUUAAAAUUGCUCAGCUUGGUAAAUCAUUUGGCUAUAGUUUACAGUUCCUGCUCCUACAGGAAAGGAUUAUUAAAUAGAACUGCUUCCCAUUUGAUUUUUACCUUCAAAAAGAACGGGACAGAAAAGAAAAAUAAUCACUUUCUGUUCUAUUAAUUGUCCCAAUCUAGAUUAUCUAUGUGGUCGCUAAGAGUUGACACCGACUUGACAGCACUUAAUCAAUCAAUCAGAUUAUCUCCUGCAUGCCCCCUACUGCACUUCUAGAGUGCAAUAUACCACCUGUCUGCCUGGUAGACAAUAUAGGCACUCUCCUUUGACAAUAACGCGUGAUUGUCACUGCCUCUCUAAGAGCACAUGCAAAAACUAGUUGCUUGGUGCUGGUUCUCUUCCCUCCCAGCUGGGUUUUGAUUGACACUCUAGGUGCUGUUGCUGGAGUUAUGCAGUUGGAUUCAAGGAUAGUGAGAGCAUAUGAUACUGGAAUAUCCUAUCAUUCCAAACCUGUUUUCACUUCCAUUGGUGCAAAUCAUGCUUAAUUGAAAUUAAUGGAAAUACUUAGCUUCAGUGUUUUUUAAAUGGUUUGCGUUUUUGAGAUUUUAAAAAAUGUUUUAUCAUUCCUGGUAUAAAUACAUGAACACGUCUUGGAAACGGUCCCAGAUCAGCCCAACAGGGAGAGUGUUUUUGUGACGUGUUCAAGAAAUGCAGUGUAAAAUAGAUGUGGAAGAGAGGUUAGAUUUUGCAUUAAGCAACGACGUAUGCUGUAAAGCAGACCUGUCACUCAUGGUAUUGCAGACUUCCUUGGCUGCAAGGGCAGAUACUUUAAAGACAUCACAUGCAUAAUACGUUGCAAUAUGUGGCUGCUAACCGUUCUUUGAUUUGGUAAUGGUGGGAGGAAGGCGUAACAUAUAGCCUGGUCGUCUGCUCUGAUGAAAUCAUCCAUGAGGUUCCCAUGGGUAAGAUUAAAUAUGGUAGCUGUUCCAACAUCAUGUGACAAGUAAAGGCCACAUUCCCCGCUCUGGAGAAGUUUAAGGUAGCAACAGCCUGUCAUCAUAUACAAUUGGAUAGCUACGAUUUAGGCAGGCAGAGGUAGCUAAUGGUGAAAAGCAGCCUGUUUGGCCUGUUUGUGGUGAAAGAGGGGAAGUGCAUUUGUAGGGGUGGGGUGGUUCAGGAGCAUAGUAUGACAUAGAGCCAUUAUGUGUUGUAUUUUGGACCUGCCAGGCUUCCAUCUUGCCAAGUACAUGGUGCAGACACACUUCACAAACUCACCAGAGUGCCUCUAGUUUGAGUUGUUCUGGGUCAUGAAAGGUACCCUAUGGAACUUUAAGCAAACUACUCCCCUCUCUCUAUGAGACACACACAUACACACACACCUUGAUGCUAGUUCCCAACCAUGCACAACAGUAUAUAUAUGACAUUAAAAUACAUUAGACACCCACCUGUGAGCAUGAAAGAUCUGAAUAGGACCCAUAAAACGAUUGGCACAAAUGUUAACUUCUGUACUAACAAGAGGCUUACAUUUAAAGGGAUCAUAAUUCUGCAGGUAACCUUCUGUAAGUGACUGAAUGUGACUGUUGCAUUAGGUUUAAAUGAGCUAAUAAAUGCAAGUGGGACUUACUGUAUGCUAGAAGGGAGUUUUGCAACCAAGACUGCCUUGUAUAAAUGUGUUUGCACUGAAAAAAAAAAUUAAAAUUACUUGGUCUCUGGUUGCUGUAAAGGUCAUCCAAGCUGGAUGUUCUGUUUAUAUUGUAUAGUAUUUCAUAUGAAAUAAUUACAGUUCAUGAAAUGUCUUCCCUUAACGUUACUGAUUUAUAACAGCACAUUUGUGACAUGGUUUUUAUUGUGUCAGUGUACCAUAUUGUAAAUGAUGAUAACUUGUCAUGCUUAGUAUAAUAACUUAAAAGGGAAAAAAAAGACAGGGAUUUUUGUAAGUCUAUAUUUGAAAGUCCCUCCAUAUGGUAAUAUUGUGUUCAUGUUGUUUAUGUAGUGUUGUGUGAAAUAUCCAUUUUGGAUUGUGUUACUUUUUAAAAUAUUAAAUAACAUUUGGUUAUA